AUGAAGCUGGUGAUCGCCCUGUGUCUGGUGGCGGCGGCGACAGCCCGGCCCGACCGGGACGCUACGGUGGUGGACCAGGAGUACGAGCUGCGUGCUGACCAGUCGUACGACCUCAGUUACGAGACGUCGGAUGGCACCAUACGCGACGAGUCGGGCAUCUCGUACCCCGGUGCCGAGCCCGGGUCGGGCAACUACGUGCAAUCGGGCGGCUACACGUUCACGCACCCGGACGGCAGCGUCAGCUCCAUCACCUUCAUCGCCGACGAGAACGGUUACCAGCCCCUGGGCGACGUCAUUCCCGUGUUCACGGGCCGCGUCGACAUCCAGGACGCCUAA